AUGCAGGAGAGUGAGGCACUGGAGAAGAAAGUUCCUGCUGUCCAGACACAAUUCUUUCCAUCUAGCCAGAGCCGGGAGGGGAGCCGAGGAAAGCUGAAAAGGCAACGGUACCAGGAGCUGCCAUUGGAAGGAGCUGUCUGCAUCUCUCAGUGCUCUACUGAGCAUGUCUCAGAGGAGCCUUAUGCUGGCAACACAUUAUGCAAAAAGGCAGCUCGAGCAGGCGAGAGAGAGUCAGAACAAGCCUGCACACUCCUUGCAUCACCAAAGCUUGAAAACAACCCUGGAUUACUUGAGAGGGCCGGCCUGCCUGCCCAGGUGAACGAAGCUAAGCACCAUGGCUUGAUUCCUGACAUUGCCCGACUGCUGAACACCAUGGGGAACCAAGAUGGGAAGCUGAAGAGGAACGCAGGUGAUGUACACGAAGGAGGUGAGGAUGCUUCUGGGCCCAGGGAUGUUGAGGGCACAAAGAAAGGAGGGGGCAGCAAAAAGACCCUGGGCCGGCACAGCAAAGGGGGAGAAUCAAAGAAGAAGGGCAAGUCUGAAGCCAGGUCAUCCGUGUUUUCUAAUCUGCGCAUCCGGAAAAAUCUUUCCAAAUCUAAAGAUGGAACCAGCAGCUCGAGAGAGGAUGUUUUAGAGAGCCAGGCCGUGCACACAGGAGAGCUAGACAGUGCUCACUCCCUUCUCACCAAAACUCCUGAUAUAAGCAUUUCUGCAGAUGAAGGGGGUCUCUCGGAUACCGAUGCAGAGCAUUUUGAAAAUACAAAUGAAACUCACCCUGCAGCUGCCAAGCCGCAAGAUGGACAAAGAACCAGCUCCGGCUCAGAUACGGAUAUAUACAGUUUUCAUUCAGCCACCGAACAAGAGGAUUUGCUUUCUGAUAUUCAGCAGGCAAUUAGACUGCAGCAGCAGCAGCAGCAGCAGCAGGGGACAAUUAACAUUGGAACUGAGCAGCAGGGCACCAAAACAAUGGCCCUACACAUGGCUAAUUCUCAAGCAACCCCAUUCGAUUUUGAAAGGUUUCUUUCACUCAGCAGUGACAAAGACAGUAGCCCGGAUACCGAGCAGCCGGUCUCUGCAAAAUCAGAAAUUGUAGAACAUGUCCCAAGUUGUCAGGCUGAAGUGCCGGAAAGGGCAAACGGAAUGGAGCACUCCUGCAGCAGUGUGUUUGAGAUGCAGGAAGGGCCCGAGCAAUUGUCAUCAGAAGAGGAACAACCUGCUGGUGAAGGAGGAGAUGUCUUCUCUACUCCCAACGCUGCAAUUACAGAAGAGGAGGGGGCUCUGCUGGGCAGCUCGGUCUUUAAUUUCCCACCCCCGGCUGGGGAGUCUGAGACUGAAAGAGUUGCAGGUACAGGUGGCGAAAGAGAGGCUGAACUGGCAGGUGCAGGCGGGGAUCAGGUGGCUGUGGCCACGGACAGGAAAUGGAGUUUGUCAGCUAGCAGGGAAGCAGGGGAGGAGGGCUUUUCUGUGGAAACGAAAGAUGGGACUUGUUCCUCAGAGGACGUCUCCAGCAGUCCAGUGCACACUUCCAGAUGUUUUAAAUCGUACCCUUUCAUCAACCCCUGCUAUGUCAAAACCACCACUAGGCAGCUGAGCUCUCCGAACCGUUCACCCUGCCUCUCCCCCUUGCAGAGCCCUCUCUUUAAAAGGAGACGGGAGCCCUCUCGACUGAAAGAGAAGGCACCAAGCAAGAAACAGAGAUCUGCCAGUUUGGCAGGGUCGUUUAGCCGAUCUGCAGACUGGACUCACGAGGUUACAGAUCAGCCCAGUGAAAUCGCUCAAAAGUCAGGCUCUGCAGAUUUUUUGGAGUACAGGCAGACCAGAGAUGGUAUCCAAGGGGAAAGAGUGCCUUUGAAUCACUUGAGAAAGUUCUCAGGAAUGCCACCUUCUACUGAUGCCUUCCCUAAUGUAUUUCGAGGGCGAACUCUGCUAGAAAAGCUCUCCAGUCAACAGGAGAACGCACCCCAAGAAGAAGCAGAGAAGCUUUGUUCUUGGAUCAUUGCAAUGGGUCUUUUGCUCCCCUUCAGUGACUGCUUCAGAGAGCCAAGUAGUCAGAAUGCACAACAAAAUGCUCCAGCAUUUGAUCAAGAUCAGCUUUAUACUUGGGCUGCAGUCAAUCAACCCACUCAUUCAUCAGAUUACACGGAAGGAAGAUUUCCAAGGAGAACUCCAUCAGUGUGGCCAGCACCAAAGCCUCCAGAGGAAGAACAGAAAGUACACCAUAUAAAGAAAGAACCCGAAGCUGCUGCUGAGGCAACAGAGACAGAAGAUACAGAGAUUGUUCAACAGGUACAGGUUGUCAAAUUAUUAAGCAACAAAAGAUCACAAGCAGUCGGUAUAUUAAUGUCCAGUCUUCAUUUAGACAUGAAAGAUAUACAGCAUGCUGUCAUGAACUUGGACAACUCGGUGGUGGACUUAGAGACUCUUCAAGCUCUUUAUGAGAAUAGAGCACAAUCUGAUGAACUGGAAAAGAUAGAAAAGCAUGGCAAAUCAAGUAAAGAGAAGGAGAAUGCCAAAUCUUUGGACAAACCUGAACAGUUUCUUUAUGAGCUCUCCCUGAUUCCCAACUUCUCUGAACGAGCUUUUUGUAUCCUGUUUCAAUCAACAUUCUCUGAAAGCAUUUCCUCUCUCCGAAGCAAACUUGAAUUGUUGCAGAAACUGUGUGAGAUGUUGAAAAGUGGCUCAGGAGUUAUGCGGGUUCUAGGCUUGGUCCUGGCUUUUGGGAAUUACAUGAAUGGUGGAAAUAGAACAAGAGGACAAGCCGAUGGCUUUGGACUAGACAUACUUCCCAAACUCAAAGAUGUCAAGAGUAGUGAUAACAGCAGGAGUCUUCUGUCAUAUAUUGUCUCAUAUUAUUUGCGCAAUUUUGAUGAAGAUGCCGGCAAAGAACAAUGCAUCUUCCCUCUUCCAGAACCACAGGAUCUUUUUCAAGUUUCUCAGCUAAAAUUUGAAGAGUUCAAUAAGGAUCUUCGCAAACUGAGAAAAGACUUGAGAGCAUGUGAGACAGAAGCAGGCAAGGUUUGCCAGUUUUCAUUAGAAGAACACAUCCAGCCUUUUAAAGACAACAUGGACAAAUUCAUUAGUCAAGCUAAAACUGACCAUGAGAUGGAAGAAAAAUCUCUGGCAGAGACGCACAAAAGCUUUCUGGAGACUGCAGCAUAUUUCUGUAUGAAACCAAAAAUGGGUGAAAAAGAGGUCUCCUUGAAUGCUUUCUUCAGCAUAUGGCAUGAAUUCAGUUCGGAUUUUAAAGAAUUUUGGAAAAAAGAAAAUAAACUUAUUUUGCAAGAAAGACUUAAAGAGGCCGAAGAAGUAUGCAGACAGAAAAAAGGAAAAUCACUUUACAAUAUAAAACAAAAGCAUGAUUCGGGAAUUAAAGCAAAGAUAAGCAUGAAAAUAUGAAAGAAGAAAAACUGAUGUCUUUGUUCCCAGACUCAAUAAAUGGAUCAUGCCUUGGGAGGUAGAGGAAAAGAAAUAUUACCAUUCAGCCCAUUUGUUUUCUUGAUUUUCUUGCAUUUGGUUUCCUGUUUACACUGACUACUAUGAACAUUCACUGAUAAACGGAUUUGCACGAUGGACACUCAAUAAUGGAAGCUAUUUGAUAUCUCUCUCUUACAGGCACCCCAUACACUGCAUUCUUUCCAUCCAAACAUUAUUUUGCAAUUUAUAUGGUAAAAUACUAAUAAAGACUAAAGUAGUCUGUGUAAGCAGCAGUAUUUCAGUAUGUCCUAAACAUACUGAAAACUUUAUAAACAUCUACCUUCAUAUAGAUGUUCCAUUCCUGUAGGAUUUUUUUUUCUCCAAAGCAAAUACAUUACAACAUUGCAUUUAGAUUAGGGAGAAUGUUACUUCUCAAGAACUCUUUGUAUCUAUUUCCUAUUGACCUUGUAAGUGUACUCUGAAUUGGUACAAGUGUUUCUUUUACACUCUAAGCCAUGAUCUCCAAAGUUACUUCAUUGCCUCCUCACAAAAUAUAUCCUAAAUAUGACAUUCAACCCAGCUAUUAUUAUAAUUGACAAAGUUGAUCAUGAUUUGCUGAUAUUGAUGAAUGGAAUGAAAACAAAAAGGGGAAAACCCAGUUACAGUUAAGCACAGGACUCACUUGGUAGAUACCAAACAAUCUUGGGUAUUUCAAUAUUAUAUUCAUUGAAGAAACUGUUUGCAGAGUAACAGGAAACUUGUGGUAGACUUUCUAUCAAACUCUUGAGUUUAAAAAAAAUUAAAGAACUAAAGAUCUUUCUCUUUUCUCAUUCUAAAUUAUGAUGGAUUAUUAAGAGCCUUGGUUUUUCUGGCGAUAAAGCAAUGAUUAUUUCUUCUGUUUGAUCUCACAUUUUAUUAAGUACUUGUAUUACAAAAAGUACAGCAGAUGCAAUUGUUUUGCAAUACUUCUGUCUCUACUGCUAAAAACAAUGUAAUGAUUGGACAGAUCUAGUUUACCACAUUUUCUCCACACUUUCUAAGAGCAACUUUUUAAAAGAUUAAAAAAGUGAAAAGUAGGGAACGAUGUAUAUAUAUCUCAAUGCCUCUUAGCAUACAAGGUGCUAGAGUGAAGCAAUUUCUAAGUUUUGAAAUAUUUAUUUUUCUCCAUGUAACCCACUAUAUGAUACCUGGUUGUCCAGAGAUUAAUAUGUGAUUCCAGGAAUCAUAAGGGCUGCAUAAAAUAUGACCUCAGGAAUUGAAUUUUUAAAAUACCAAUCACUAAAAAAAUAUAUUUUUCCUCCACUGGGAAAUGAUUUCCUGUUACAUAAUCAGCUUGAAACUCUAUCAUCUUUCAGGAUAGCCCCCAAACUGUGUUAUAUGAUCCAAUAGCAUCAGGAAUAAAGAUUAUUUCUUUGGGAAAGGGAAAAGAGAAGAUUGUUACAAAAAGACCUAUCAAAAGCAAUUAAAGAAGUAAGACAUAUUUUUAAUAGCACUGAUUAAAACUCAUGUUUGUAUUUAUGUAAUUUAUAGUCUUGCUGCAUUUCUGCAUUUGUUUUUUUUCAUUUAAAUGCAUUUAAAAACAUUGAAGCAUGUUUCUGUUUUGUAGAUUUCCUGUUCCCUUCAGUAUCUACUGUGUGUAUAUUGCCAUUCUAAACUGAAUAAUGCUACACUUAA